UGAAAAUGUCUGACAAUAAGGUUUUCUAGCAAAGUUGUACAUCGAGAUUUUAAUUUAUCUUGUAAAUCGUAUCUUUCGAUCGCGACGUUAAAUUAUUAAUUAUGCAUUGCGGAAAUUGAGAAACCAGUAUAACGAUCGAGUCACGUGUAAUGGUACCGGAAAAACCGUGACGCGAUCCAUUCCCGUUGAAAAAUCUUUCUCAGAAUCUUGACUGUUGCUAUUUAGAUAGAGACGUACGUGUACAGGUACACACGCGUACUCGACUAUUAUACAUAUUAGUAUUUGUAUUUCUAUUUCUAUUUAGUAUAUUUGUAUAAUCGUAGAAUGUAAAACGGAGUAAUUUAUCGGUAUCGUUGCGGCGACGCCAACGAUCGAUACAUGAGAAAAUUCGAAGAGAAAUAGCUACUGAAAUGAUUUAUUAUGUGUACAGAUCUAAACGGAAAACGAUGCGAACAGAGAAAAUGAUGCGUUUGAAAUACGCUUAUUGCAAAGGAUACGUAACGCGUAACAUGCGUAACAUAAUCAUUGAAUUGAUAAUAAUAAUAAGGCAAUUACUAAUCGAGAGACAAGAAACAACGAACACUGUUCGAAUACGGCUAUGGGGAUUCCCUUGAUACGAUGAUGAACGAGUGACGUUACCUGUACGCGAUUGUUUGUACAUGUACGAUAAUCGGGUAAAGUAAGAGGACCGGUGGCGAUUCGUGGGGCACGCGUGACCUCCAGGGAAUUCCUGUAUAGAGAAACGGAUGGCGCUGCAUCGAUUCAGUCUUUCUUAAAACACCGUUGAUUUUUCAUAGCCGCGCGCUAAUACGAGAAAACGAAAGAUCGAGCGGCGAACAUCGUAACGUUUAACUCGGCAAAGAAAGUACGACAUCUGCAACGUUAACGACAACGACAAAGAAAUCCCAAAGGAUUAUACGUACUCAGCCGCUUCGCUUUGAUUCAGAGUUUCAUUCUGUUCGAUCGUUGGAUUAUCUGUGGUGUCUUUGAAAACUAGUAAAUAUUCAAAGUUCUACGUUAAUAAGAAAUGAUAGAAUAGUAGAAUCGCGCAACGUGUAUCGCUUCGCCGUGACGAAAUUUUUGCUUUUGGAAGAAAUGAUUCGUCACCGAGACCUAGGACUACGACGCUGUUGAAACCGUUUAAUUCUGUCUAAAAUCAAAAGUCUAAAGUUUACAGUUUUGUGGUGGUAGUUUCCCUCCUCGUGAUUAUUCGGAGUACCCCGUCAUUUCUGAAAGUCUUUUCGUUUUGCUUAUAGAAACUAGGAUAUGAAAAUAGGAACAAGAAGACGAAGGCGAUAUUUAGUUAAUGACAAUGAAACCAGAUUCUCUACCGUCUCAUCGUAAAACGGUGCAGCAUGCAACGAUGAGAAUCAAAUACGAAAAAGAAACAACAUUUAAAAACAAAAAGACUUUCCUGUGUAUCUCCAACGUCUAGUCUAAUCUUUAAUCUGUAAUUCACACGUUACACGUACACGUGUAUGGACCUACGUGCGAGUAGACAGAAGCGCGAGCUCUCUCGAACAAUUUGAUUGUUCGCGCGAGCAGAAAUUUCGCGGCCGUGAGAAAAACGGAUCGGAUACUCGUAGAUGUACAAAGAAAAUUUCGGGUGUACCUUGAAAUGUGAAACACGAAACACGAAACGCGAAACGCGAAACGCGAAAUACGUUCAGAUCUUAUAUGCUCAUUUGCUAAACGUUCUUUUUUUCGCGACAUCCAGAUUAGAUAAGCGCUUCUGUUUCCCACUUAUUGACACGCAUUGUUCCUCUUAUUGGGCAACGCUACGCUUAACAGUAUUCGAUAUUCGUAUUCUACUGUACAUACAAUUUCCUCCAUCGGCGAAGAAUUUUCAUCGCGGUAGCAGCAACCACAGCCGUGUCGCGUCUUUCUCACCGAUUGACAAUUCAAAGAAACCAGCGACGUCCAUUGAAUUCUUAUUAUCCGCGAUCCGAAGCUAUUAGGGCUCCGAGGUAGCUGAAUCUUGGGCUUGGGUGAUUUGCAGAUUACAGGAUGUCGAAUCGAUCGAGGCAAAGUAUCGCGCAGCUUUCAAUUCAAAUUGCUAUUCUACUGCACCGAGUGUGUAUAUGCGAAAUGACGAUUACGACACCGGACGAUUUCAAACUCGACCGUGUCACUCCGGUUGCGGCAGAUGAAUUGGAUUCGAGGGAACAUCCUUGUCGACGAAAUUGCGAAGACGGAGCUCCGCCGAUGGAAUGUCACUAUAUUUUCAAGCUAGAGGCUUAUCACACGAUGAGCAAAGCGUGCUACGAUUGUCCAUUUAACGUUACCGAUUGUUUUCGGAUGCACUGCGUUCCGGCCGACGGCGUCGGAAGAUCAAUUUUGGUGGUCAAUCGACAAAUGCCAGGACCGCGUAUCGAGGUGUGCAAAGGCGAUAGAAUAAUAGUCGAUGUAAUCAAUUUACUGCAUUCCGAGAGUACCACGAUGCACUGGCACGGUCAACAUCACGUGAAAACACCGUACAUGGACGGAGUUCCGUACGUGUCUCAAUGUCCAAUUCCGCCAGGAUCGAGUUUUCGAUACGACUAUCUGGCUACGGAGGCAGGCACGCAUUUCUGGCAUUCGCAUUUAGGUAUUCUUGCAAAUGUGAAUUUGUUCCACGCCGAUCCUAUUCUAUACCUAAAUAAUCUCNAUUGA